AUGGCUUUGGUCCCAGACAGGGAUGACGCGACCGUACUGGCGGCGCUGGGUCACAAAGAAGAGCUGGACCGUCAGUUCACGCCUUUUUCUAUGGCGGCUAAUGCUAUCAUUACUGCCAGUGCUUGGACGGCGAUCAUCGGAACCUUUAUCACCUCCAUUUAUAAUGGCGGUGCUGCUGGGUUAAUAUAUGCAUGGAUCGUGGAUAAUUUCUUUUUCCUCUUCAUUGCGUUGUCCAUGGCCGAGUUGACCUCGGCCAUGCCAACUGCUGCGGGGGUUUACCACUGGUCGGCAGCAUUGGCUGGUCCCAAAUACUCCCGACCAGUUGGAUUUUUAACUGGAUACUUUAAUAUGCUUGGAUGGACGCUCGGACUGGCCUCAUUAUAUUCGGUCGCCGGCCUCGAAGUCACGGGGUUAUAUCAGCUCUACCAUCCCGAGUACGUCAGUCAACCGUGGCAUGUAUUCGUGGUAUUUGUCGUUCUUAACUGGUCCUUUGCGGCCUUUAUUCAAUUUGGCAACAAGAUCUUGCCAUAUUAUACUAAAAUCGGGUUAUUCGUCAACGUCGGCGCUUGGUUCACCAUCAUCGUCUGCCUUGCUGUUCUUCCAAAGUCGCAUUCAACUAGCUCGUUCGUAUGGACCGAUUACACGAAUUCGACGGGCUGGCCAACGGGCAUGAGCUUCAUUCUUGGACUCGUUGCCCCGGCCUUCUCGAUCGGCACGAUUGAUAGCUCAACGCACAUGGCGGAAGAAGUCCCCAACCCAUCAAAGAACAUUGCUAAGACAGUAAUGAUACAAUGGUUCGGUUCUUUUGCAAUGGGUUUCUGCUUAUUGAUCGCCCUCUUCUAUGCAGCGGGUAAUCUAGACACCAUCAUGACUGCCUCCGAGGAUAAUUUCCCCGUCGCAGGGAUCAUGAAAAUUGCCUUUGGUGAUACAAGAUCAGCCUUCGCUUGCGGCCUUGUGAUCUUCAUCGCCGCUAUCCCCGGCUGUAUCGGUGCCCAAAUUGCGACCGUGCGGUGCGUGUGGGCGUUUGCCCGCGACGGGGCCCUACCGUUCUCUGAUUUUUUCUCCAAGGUUGACGAGCAAAACGUCAUGCCGGCGAGAGCUAAUAUCCUAAUCACGCUGAUCAGUACUGCGCUGGGAGCUCUCUACGUUGCUUCGACAGUGGCGUUUAAUGCCCUCGUAGCUUCGUAUGCCGUCAUGUCUUCUACUUCCUACGGUAUUGCUAUCGCCGUUCACUUUUUUACCGGGCGCAAGAGAGCCGCACCGGGCUGGUUCUAUCUCGGAGAUGGGAUCGUGGGUUACGCCGUGAACGCGAUUGCGCUGAUCUACAUCUUCGUUUCAAAUAUCUUCUUCUGCUUGCCUUAUGACCGCCCGCCGGUUACAGCGGCAUCUAUGAACUACACAUCGCUUGUGUCGUACGGCAUGGCUAUCCUGGUCGUGAUUUGGUGGUUUAUUGGCGGCAACAGAAUCUACAAAGGGCCGACCUUGUCGUCGGAGACCUACGAGGUUCUGGAGAGGCUUGCGGAUUCCAGAGGCACGGAUUCUGCAGGAACGAUUGAGAAUGUGCGAUCAACUGGGAAAACCGAAGCUUGA